GCAUACACACACACACACACACACACACACACACACACACACACACACACUUCUCUCCGGUUACCGGGGCCGUGUCAGAUGUGUUUCUAUUUUCUCCAUCUUUCCCUCCGACCCGGAACUACAGAGACAGACACGGAGACAUUACAGAGACAGACACAUCCAACUCCGCCUCGCGCUCUCCGGUCUGCACCGAUCCGGUCUGAACCACCGACCAGCGGCCGCUCUGCGGGCCGGACCGAGCCGGAGCACAACCACAUCAUGUCCCUGCAGCUCCCCCCGUGCGUGAUAGACUGCGGGACCGGGUACACAAAGAUCGGCUAUGCUGGAAACACUGAGCCCCAGUUCAUCAUGCCCUCCUGUAUCGCCAUCAAGGAGUCGGCCAGCGUGGGAGAGCAGGCUCAGAGGAGACUCGUGCGAGGAGUAGACGACCUGGACUUCUACAUUGGAGACGAAGCCGUUGACAAACCCAACUAUGCAACCAAGUGGCCCAUCCGUCAUGGGAUGGUGGAGGACUGGGAUCUGAUGGAGAAGUUUAUGGAGCAGGUCAUCUUCAAAUACCUUCGAGCUGAACCUGAAGACCACAGCUUCCUCAUGACGGAGCCUCCUCUCAACACUCCAGAGAACAGAGAGUACCUGGCAGAGAUCAUGUUCGAAACUUUCAACAUACCUGGACUCUACAUCGCAGUGCAGGCGGUCUUGGCAUUGGCGGCGUCCUGGACGUCUCGGCAGGUCGGACAGAGAACUCUGACCGGCAUAGUCAUUGACAGCGGAGACGGAGUCACACACGCCAUCCCUGUGGCUGAGGGCUACGUGAUUGGCAGCUGUAUAAAGCACAUCCCCAUCGCAGGGCGGGACAUCACCUUCUUCAUCCAGCAGCUGCUCAGAGACAGAGAGGUGGGGAUUCCUCCAGAGCAGUCGCUGGAGACCGCCAAGGCUGUCAAGGAGCGGUACUGUUACAUCUGUCCAGACAUUGUGAAGGAGUUCACAAAGUACGACACUGACCCGGGGAAGUGGAUCAAACAGUACCGCGGAAUCAAUGCUGUCAGUAAGACCGCCUUCCAUAUCGACGUGGGCUACGAGCGCUUCCUGGGCCCCGAGAUCUUCUUCCACCCCGAGUUUGCUAACCCAGACUUCAUGCAACCCAUCUCUGAUGUCGUUGAUGAGGUCAUUCAGAGCUGUCCAAUUGAUGUGAGGAGACCGCUCUACAAGAACAUUGUGCUCUCUGGAGGAUCCACCAUGUUCAGAGACUUUGGGCGGCGGCUGCAGAGAGACCUGAAGAGAGUCGUGGACGCCCGACUGAAACUCAGUGAAGAACUCAGUGGAGGACGGAUAAAGCCGAAGCCGAUGGAGGUUCAAGUCGUCACUCAUCACAUGCAGCGCUACGCCGUCUGGUUCGGAGGCUCCAUGUUGGCGUCCACGCCGGAGUUUUUCCAGGUGUGUCACUCGAAGAAGGACUACGAUGAGAUCGGCCCCAGCAUCUGUCGACACAACCCCGUGUUCGGCAUCAUGUCCUGAUGGCAGCGGCAACUACAGACAGCUAGCCUUUUGGACGCAGGUUUAGUGGCGUGGAUGACGGAUUCAUCUUCACCUCAUCGAUACACAACGAAUCUGGUUCCAGUGAAGACGCCGUCCAAGCUUCUAUCAUCAGUUGAGGAGCGGGCUGUUAGUCUGCUGUGUACGAACCCCUGGAUGAAUGAUGAUGAGAGAAAGUUGUGUUUAACGUUACUUUAAUGCAGCAGAUCUGUCAAUCGAAGCCAAACACAGAAUCCUGUUUGAGUUCUGAUCCUCUCUUUCCUCUUUGUCUUGUUUCCUCUUCACGUCUUGUCCUCUUCACUGCGUCAGUCUUCUGUCUGAAGAGAUGUGUAGACCUGCUGUUGAGCAGUGUGUUAGCAUGUUAGCACGUCAGCUCUCGUCAUGAUUGGAUGAUCCAGCGCUCGGCUACAGAUCGUGUCUCCAGCUGAGAUUUCAGACAGUUACAAGCUGAAAUAAUUUGACUGAAAACCGUUAUUGUGGAAUUCAUAUUUAUUGUGACAUGUCGUCUCAAAACUAACAAAAACGAAUGAAUCAUUGCUGCUUUGUAUGUGAACGGGAACUUUAUUCAGUUUAACUCACAGAGGCGUAUCUACUGAUCGCAGUGUUCUGUCUGAUAUUCUGUAGUGGUAAAUGCCCGUCCGACAGAGUUCUGUUCAGCGCUGAUGUCUCGGCUCGUUCUCAUUACAAAACCGUCAAAUACCGCCGAUUUGUCAGUGAUUUCAGCAUCAGACAGCGACGCCAACUUUCACAGCUGUAUGAAACGCCACCGGGCAGCAUCUGUAAUGCGGCUGGAUAGAACCUUUUGGGUGUUAUGAAACACCACCGGUCGGUCAGACGGCACCUGUCGCAGCAGUAUGAUACGCUGCUGGACAACGUCAGGUUGAAACGCUGCCAGUGACAACGUAAUGUAAGGAGCUGCAAAGUCCCUGUAGGGCAGGUUGGAGGGGAGGUGGAUGGAUCCAACAAACCCUGGAGACCGCCACUCACUUCCUGUAUGAAGGUAGAUCCAAACCAAGAUUGUGUUGCCAGGCAACGGGUAUACAUACCCACCUUUUUUCUCGCCAUUUACAGUAAGCUCACCUGUCAGCCAAAAAGGACUUAGAAUACGUAGGAUAAUAUUCCCACUUCCUCCGCAGUAACCUGCCCGUCUAGCAGUACAGCCGCCUCAUCAACUACCACUUCACCACUGCCUAAACCUAACCAUGUGCUUGUCCCAGUGUUGGUCGCGGCGUCCCGGAACGUCAACAGGACACAGGAGGAUACGAGGGCGUAAUAUGUAGACGUGAAAGGCAAAGCGGUGAUAUGUGAUGACGUGCUGGAUGUCUCGAGGCGUUAAGAGACAGAGAAAAUGUUUCUGAGCUCAUCGGUCCAUAACUCGGUGUUGACCGAUAUUUCAACAACGUCUGUGAGUGUUUCUGUGUUUCGGAGGUGACCUGAUGUUUUCUCUAGCGCCACCAUCUGGACAAAAUCUGCUAUUGAACCUAAACUGGACUCAACAUGACUGUGACUCAGCACGAGGGGACAAGGUGUAGUUUCAUACUGAGGGACAUGAACUUUUGAUUUGAAUGAUAACAUGUUUGAGGUCUGGAGCUGCUGAUGUCUGUCAUCAGCAUGAACCGGACUGGAUUUAAAAACACGACCGUCUGUGAGCAUGAAUCACAUCAGAGGCGUGCAAACAAAACGACAAAGAUAUUUUCUGACAGGAGGAAACACACAGUGAGAGCUGCAGGGAGUUUUAUAGUCCGCUGAUAACGAGACAUUUAAUUUCAUCCUUCAACAAGUUUCUGUUUCUUUUUUGUUCAUAUUAGUGACGGCUGUGACCCUGAAUCACAAACUGUGAAGAAGUGUGUGUGUGUGUGUGUGUGUGUGUCUGUGUGUGUGUUUCAGUGAUAUAUGGCCUGUAUCAUUAACCUGUGCACUCAGAGAGUUUAUAUUUGUAAAGAGAUCAGAACACAGAGGAGAGCUAACAGGUCACAUAGAUGAUAAAGUUAAUAGACACUCAUAUAUAUACUGUACAUACUGUAUGCUGAGAGCACUGAGGCAUCAGACUGAUCCAGGAACAGGUCGAAACCACAAGUGGCACCAUCAGCUGAAGUGUGGUGCAUUCAGGUACAAUCAUGUAAAAGUAAUUGUCGUGUAGUAAUACAUUCAUUAAAUGUAUUUCUACAUGUUUGUAUGAGCAGGUGCAGCAUCUGAAUGUGCUGUACUCCAGUCCUCCAUGAAGAGCGUCGAAAAGACAAGAGGCAUCUGUGAUUUGCAUGAACACUGAAACAAUGAGGCAUUCACAUUAAGAAAUCAGUUAUCAGUUAUAGCUAUUAAUUAUCAAUCAAUUUAGUCACUCUAAAAUAACUAACCUUUAGCAAAGUAGGAAGGAAAAACCAAUGCAGUCAACACAGGAAAAUAAGUUGGAGAUGUUUGAUCGUAGUUACAGGAUGGUGUCUCUCAGGAUCUUGUGAUUAUGACAUGAGAACCAACUUUUUGGGUCGUGAACCGGUUUACUUUUGGUCAAAAUGCUCUGAACGGUGUAGAACAGAUCUAUGUUGGUGGAAAAGGGGGUACUACCCAACACGCUCUAAUCCCAACUCCUCAAGUAACACUCUGGUCCCCUCCUGCGUCAGUUUUGGAUGGUCAGGGACGCCGCGUCAGUUUCCGCUCGUUACAUGCACACAGUUUCCUUUAAAACUAGGUUACAACGUUGGUAAAACACCUCAGAUUUAUUUUCCUGAGGUUUAGGCAACAAGAGAACGUGGUCAGUUUAAAAAGAACAUUAUGGUUAAAAUUCUCACGAGAAGCAAACAGCGACUCCCAGGUGAAAAGUCUGGAGUUUGUUUGAUCCGUCCACCCUAUAUGGACGUUAUUGCUCUUUAUAUCACACAAGUUGCCGGUGGCAGUUUGUUACAUAGCCGCCCGGUGUGUAAGAAGGGUGCCAGCGUGUCUGAUGCGCCUGGUGCAAAUCAAAUCAUGCCUCUGUGCGUCGGUAUCUGACGCCGACAUCACACAUGAAGGGAAGGUAUUUGACAAGUUGGGAGUGAGAACAGGCCGGGUAUCAGUGUCACUUUACUAAUAAUGAAGUAGAAACUAGAUGGCAGCUAACACUCUGCGUGCCCCCUUCCUCUACCUGACCCGACUCCCACAACAACCUGCAACAUCAUCUCCACUUAUUUUUUUUGAGCUGAAUGUGAUGCACUUUCCUCCACAGCAGCAGCAGCAGCUAGCAGGGCCUGUGGUCGUGUUUCCUUUAAACUGUCGGCCGAAUUCUAAGCAAACUUUUGAAAUGCUGCGAAACAGAAAUGCGAAUUCGGUGCGUUUCCAUCAGCCAGCUAGGAGCCAAUAAAUUCAUCUUGCUGCAAAGUGUAGUUUGGUUCAAGGUUGGUGGUUCAGGCUGUAAUCUGCCAGGUAACAGAGAAGAAGAAGAAGAAGAAGAAGAAGAAGAAGGUUAUGAACCAGAAACAAAACAUGUCGCCAUCUAACCGAACACAGAGACGUCUUCAGGAACUUGUUUUAAUUCUGCUGUCACGUCAGCUGGUGUUGGACACGUUUCACUCAGUCCAGAGACGAGGACAAAUAAAUGCAAUAAUUCUAAUGCACGAGAAGAAUCAGCUGAUCAGUCACGUGACUAAAAUGUUCGCUCCGUCAGAACCUGCUCGUUUCCACGCAGCUUUGCUAAUGUGGUACUUCAAAAAAUGUAAAUACGGAAACACAGCUGGUGGCGGCUGCAUGUUGUUCACACCUUCAUCUUCAUUUUGUACCCACAUGAACAUUAACUCUGGAACACGUCCAUCGGCCCUGCAGGUCUGUCAUCAGCACUCACACAAUGCAUGACUGUGUUCACAGGUGUCCUUGUGGUUUGGACCUGGGCCUCUGGCUGAGGACAGCCCAGUGUAGAAAAGACACAGCAGAUGUUUAGUUUUUUGAAGACGUCCUCACAGCUGCAGUGAAAUCCUAUUUUUGUGGUGGAGCUGAACCUGAACACAGUUGGUGUAUGUUAAUGAUAUGUGGUUUGAUGCUGAGCUGCUGUUAAUAAACACUCAUCACCCUCAA